CUUGCAGGUUAAAAAAAAAAAAAAAAAAAAUUCACUGUAAUGUGAGAUGUGACCAUGUGGCCUUUGACAACAGAACAGAACGAAAAGUAUGCAAGAUACUGCAGGCAAUUUUUGUUUUUCAAAAUUUAGAAUCGACAGAGCGAGCGCUUACUGUUUAAGCGCGGGCGCAAGAGAAAGCAAUUGAAGCUCAAGUUUCGUUUCGCGCUUUUCAAACCAAAACUGACAGAAAAUCAAUCUUUCAAUCUCAUUUCAAUUCCUGCAAUAGUCACACUAACAAUGUCUACUUCGAAAACAAGCUCCAAGAAACGAGCCGCCGAGUCAGUACUCACCAAAUCUGACUCCAAAUUCCGAGUCGAUGACGACUUCGAUGUCGAUCUCUCCAGUGAUAUCAAGGGGAUAAUGUCGGCGCUGCAACAGAUCAGAGAGAAAGCGGAAAAGGAUGGUCAAAAGAAGAACGAGGAGACGAUAUCUAGUGUGGCGUCUGAGAUCAGGACAAUGAUUGAUGAGUUGAAAUCCAAAAUUGAGAAGGACAGGCAAGGAUUUGCAAGGGCACUUUCAAAGAGCUCAAAAGAGUGUGAGAAUUGCUUGAAGAAUGAGACUACCAAGUUUCAAGAGAUUCAUGAGAAAUUUUGCAAGGAGAAAGCGUCUCAUUUGCAGGCCUUAAAAGACACCAUUUCCAAAUUUGAAGAAGACAAGGAAAGGCUGUUCAUGAGAUAUGAACAACUGAGGAAGAAAGAGAAAAAUAUGAUAUCUGAACAAGAGAAAGCUUGUGCUGAUAAAAUUGCAAAAUUAGAGGAGUCCUUGAAAAAGAAAAAGCAGGAUGAUAAAACUUUCAGCAUUUUGAGGAAAACGCUUGGUUCCUUCCUGGAAAACGCCUCAGACGAGGACUUCCCUCCAGAUGAAUAAAAGAUUAAUUGCACAAAAAAGCACUGGUGCAUGCAUUUAACUUUGGAUAUAGCUAAUUCCUUCCUUUAUUAAACAAAAUGUAGCUUACGGAAGCAUUUACUCAUUUCUCAUGUCUUCUCUGUUAUUUUUGUUCUGUAGUACAAUUAUUACUUCACACAUCGGAUGCAAUUUAAGUGUGAAAUUCUGGCACGAAA